ACUGGAGCCGGUUGUCACUGCGGGUGGAGGAUGAAUAAGAAGAAAUGUAGCUCUUUAUUUCUCAAACCCGGGGGUCGGACGCGGAUCAUACAAUGCAUCUAUGUGGUGGGCUUCAUGGAUCUGUUUGGGGUGAGCAUGAUCAUUCCUCUGCUCAGUCACCAUGUGAAGUCUUUGGGAGCUAGUCCCACUGUGGCAGGAAUUGUAGGAUCUACUUAUGGGAUACUGCAGUUGUUCUCAAGCACUAUAGUUGGCAGUUGGAGUGAUGUGGUUGGACGGAGGUAUUCUCUGCUAACAUGUUUACUGCUCAGUGCAUUUGGCUACAGCCUGCUUGGCAUGUCCACCACCAUCGCCCUUUUUGUCCUUGCGCGGAUCCCUGUGGGGUUGUUCAAACACUCGCUGUCCAUUUGCAGAGCACUGUUGUCUGAUCUAGUGUCUGAGUCAGAGCGCCCUCUGGUGAUGGGACAUUUUAAUGCAGCCUCCAGUGUUGGCUUCAUUUUGGGGCCUGUGGUUGGUGGGUACCUUACAGAACAUGACGGUGGCUUCUACACCUCUGCCUUCACAUGUGCGGCCAUCUUUGUUCUUAAUGCUGGACUUGUAUGGAUGCUGCAUUGGAAUGAUACAGUAGUCAACUGCAAUGGCACCAAUGAUAGCAGUAAAGCUUGUCCAGACUGCUCCAAGUCCACACAGAAUGGUUCCCAUAUAAACAGCUUUUACCAAAAGCCCCCCGCAGAGCCAGAGAAGAUGCACAGGGGUGUGGAUUGGGGGCAGGUGUCCCUUCUUCAGCCUGUAUGGAGACAGUUGUCCUUGGUGGGAUGUCGGAUUCACAUGGUGGCCUCCUCAGACAUGUGGGACCUCUUCCUCGUGCGACUUCUCAUGGCUAUUGCUAUCAUGCUCUACUACAGUAACUUUUCUCUGGCCAUGGAGGAGCGCUUUUCUCUCAAACCAAAGAUGACAGGAUACCUGAUCAGCUACAGCAGCCUGCUAGGUGCCCUGUCAGGGUUUUUAGUGGGGCCAGUCACAAAACUGUAUGGGAACAACAUGCAUGCACUGCUGCUUCACUCCACAGUACUCACAUGUACACUAAUUUUUCUUUACGCCACUGCACCGAGUGUCUGGCAGGUCCUGCUCACCUCCACCUUCUUUGCCAUUUCGACAUCCAUAGGACGAACUUGUAUCACAGACCUGGAGCUGCAGCGGGGAGGGGUACAGUCAAGUGGUACUCUGAUUGGAGCAGGACAGUCUGUUACAGCUGUGGGGAGGGUACUGGCCCCUCUCCUGUCUGGACUGACCCAGGAGGUCAGCCCCUGUGGACCUCCUAGUCUGGGAGUGGCCCUGGCACUAGCUGCUGUUGGUUUACUGCUUAUUCGCAUUCCCACAUGGAAUGGGAGGAGGACCAAACAAGAAUAACUUUUAAAUGACUUACUGAGUUGUGAGUUUAAUUUCACAGUAACAUUCACAGAAAUGUUCUCUAAUGAACUGGUGUGGGCCAUAUGUGAGAAAACUUGAAGGAGAUACAUAUGGCUCAUUAGUCAGUAAUCACCAGCAUGGAUGGAAACCAAACCACUACGGUGUAUUAUUUAUAGGAACAAAUAUGGGCCCAAAUACAAAGUAUUCUUUUUAGUUUAGUGAUCACUGUUGAAAAUGUACUUUUUUAAUGGUCAAUUGCACAGUAGCUGAUGGCACUAAGAUUUUAGGAUAAAAUAAUAAACUACAAAUAAUAUUAGAUUCCAGAAGUUACUAAGAAAGCUUGAUAUUUUCCACAUUUACCUCAAUACAUUAAAGUGCACUACACUGAAGAGAACUGAAAGUGCUGUUAACUAUUGGCUAUUUUGUUAGAUAGGGUAAAUCUAUAUUUAUAUAAUUUUGUUUUUUUAAAUAUGUAAAUACAAGAUAUUUGUACAGAUGCAUUUUCAAAUAAACCUGUGUACAUUAUUCAUAA